AUGUCGCAAGCUCGCAUCCUUCUCGCGGUGCUGGCCAUCACUACCAUUGCGGUGGCCUCCGAAGAAGACGCGCUCAGCUCCGCGGUCGUUCCCACCCCUCCAGUCCUAACACCUUCGGCGCCAACGCCGGAGCCGUGCUCAUGUUGCGACCUAUGCAACAUAGUGCCGGGGCCGUUUUUGGCCGUUCCAGGCGGCGGGUCCUCGUCGUCGGCGCCCAUCCUGCCCCCACCGCCGUCUCCACCGGUGCCGGCGCCGGCGCCGCCAGCGCCCGUGAACUGCGUCACGGCCUCGUCGGGGCUGGCGCCCUGCGGGACGUUCCUGACGGGGGGCGCGGGUCCUCCUCCGACGCCGCAGUCCAGUUGCUGCAACGGGCUGGCUGCGUUCCUCUCGAGCGCCAGAGCUGCAGCGCCGGUCGCUGGGCGGCAGAGGCUCCGGUGCCUCUGCCCAAUCAUCCACGGCGAUGUCAAUGCCGUCCUCCCCAAGCCCGUCGACCCUGUCCGCAUGCUGUACCUGCCGGUGGCAUGCGGCCUGGCGCUCCCUCCGCAGACCAUCCCAAUCUGCUUCGGAGAGCGUAUGCCGACCAUCGCCAACCUCACUUCAGCAGGCGUUCUGCACUGA